UCUUGUGAUGGACAGGUUUGACGAGCUGCUCAUCCACUUGCAGGUCACAGUGAAAGUGCCGUUCGGGACAAAACAGCUGGAGGCUGCUGUUUGUGUCCCAUCCUCCGUGAAGGACAUUCACACAGCCGUCAUACUCACACAUGGUGCUGGUGGAGACAUGAACUUCAAACAACUGGUCUCUCUAGCACAUGCUUUGGCUUCAAGUGGCUUCCUCUGUCUCCGUUUCACAUGCAAAGGUUUAAACUUGGGUUAUAGAGUGAAGGCUUACCAUGCUGUGUGGGACUACUUGAAACAGAAGUUUACCAUCAAGCACAUAUUCGUUGGAGGCAGGUCAAUGGGAUGUCGUGCUGCUGCAGCUUUGGCUAGGCAGCUGAGUGAUGAAACAGCAGAUGCAGUGCAGGGUGUCAUCUGCCUUGCUUUCCCACUGCACCCCCCGGGACAGACACACACCCAUCGCCAGCGGAGUGAAGAUCUCAAGGGGCUGCCUGAAAACAUGUCUGUGCUCUUUGUGUCAGGCACUGAGGACAACAUGUGUGAAAGGGUCCUUUUUGAUGGGAUAGUAACAGAAAUGAGAGCUCAAGCUGAGGUUUUUUGGCUAAAAGGAGGCAGCCAUGGGCUGAGCGUGAAGGGACGGUCAGAAGAGUCUGUGUUGGAUGAAGUGAACUUAAAAGUCAUCACCUGGUUGAGUAAACAAGGAGCAUAGAGUAAUUAAUUUUUUUUUCUUUUUUUUAAUUGUAUUUGUUGAA